UCAGCGAAGUAGCGGGUUACGUGGACAAGCUGAUCUACUGAUGGAUCAUCAGUGAUGAUGCAAUAUCAUCAUAUACACUUUUUCAAUUAGCGCUAAUUUAUUAUUUGCUGAUCAUUUAUCUAUUUGCUGAACUAUUUUUCAAAAAAGAUUACUUAAAGUUGAAUUCAAAUAUGAAAAAAAAUCUUCUUAAUUAGCAGGGCAGGGCAGGACACAAAUUAUUUGAAAGUGAUUUUGCCCUGCCAGGGCAGGGCGAGUUACGAUAAAAAGCAGGGCUGGGCAGGGUAAUAAAAUUGGCCCUGUGGACACCUCUGACACACAACUCAUUUUGGACAAGAAUAAACUUAUUGUGUGGAAUUGUUGUUAAUAUUAUACACACAGUGGCUAAUAUGUAUAGCUGAUACUGAUCCACACUUUGUUGUCCAUCAUCCUAUCAGGAUAUAUACGCGAUUCUAUAUAUCGCGAUAGUUAUUUGAAGAAUAUUUACGCGACCUAAAUAUUUUUCCGUUACAAUGAUAUUGAUGAUUUAAACGACAGAAUUGAAAGAGAAAUCAAAGCUAUAAAAAGAGAAACAUUAGAUAAUGAUUUCAAUAGUAUUGUGAAAAGAUUAAAACUUUGUAUUGAUGUGGCUGGUGUGUGGGUGUGGGUGGGUGUGACUGCAGAUCACCUUACACAAACACACAAGCACAUAUUCCACCAACCACACCCACACCCUCAAGAUAGUAUUGUUUCUUAUCGAAGCACUUGAUCUCGUUUGUGUUGCUGAUAGAGAAAAUGGGCGGUAAAAGAUUUUUUCGAUUUAUUUAUUAAAACUAAUCUAAUUAAAAUAGAAUUGUUUGUUUCGAUGAUGAAAUUAAUAAUGAUGAUGAUGGUGAUGAUGAAACGAACGAAAAUAAUCAAAGUCAAGUUAAAGCUAUUAUUGAUCAUCCAUUAAUGAGAACUGUUUAUGCUAUGUAUUACGAUCCAAUUAAACGUAUUUAUUAUGAAAUUAUUAAUAUUAUUUUAA